UACUUGGAAGUGAUUAAUAAGUGUAGCUCCAAGUAAACAAAUGAUUAGUUUUUGGUAAAUUCGUACCACAUGUGGCAACUGUGCCUCUAUAUGCAUGUAAUAGUGCAAUUGUUAUCAUUAAUCAGCUAACAGCAACUUGCCACAGUUGGCCACCCCACUGAUGAACCAAUAAAUUAGCUAGGAUGGAGGCCCUCGUAAAGUACCGCUAUAGUUUCGUGGCAGGCGCGUGCGCUGCCGGCGGCAGUUUCUUUGGCAAGCUGCCCAGUUUUCUCGGUGCGAUGAACCUGCUGCAACCAACGGCACUUCAUAAAUUCGCCGGCCAUGCGUAUUUGGAAUUUGCUUUGGUGCAGCUCCUGCCGCUUGGUUUGAUGCUCCUGUGUAAUGUGUGCAAUCUGCGCUAUUUUCUAAAAGCCCUGCAAUUGAGCCAACAAACACUGACGGCAACUGUUUUAACUGCUGCCUCCAACUACGUAAUAUCAUUUAUUCUAGGUGCUCUCGUUUAUCGGGAACCGUUGACAACUUUGUCCGGUGUGGGGAUUACCCUAAUAUUAGCUGGUCUUUGGUUCUUGUGCGAUACGAAAACGGAAUUGGAAAAGGAGCCAGUUGUUUCUACAAAAACUGCUAAUAAAAAGAAACAAUGAAAAUAAGCUGCAUUAAUUAAAGUUUAAGCGAAUCGCAACAAAGGAAUUUAUCCUUUAAAAAUACCUAUCCAAAAAACUAAGUUUGUUACUUAAAUAUGUUUGUUUAAUGUCACUAUUUUGCAUAUACAUACAUAC